CUGUCCACUUGAAGAGGUACCAACCGAAAGGGAAGGUGUUACCAUGCAGCGAACGACAGGUGUGAAAACCGCGACGGUAAUUGUAGUUCUUGUUUACCAGAUGACCAGCAUCAAGAUUUCAUCCAGAUCCACAGGCUGCUUUGCCUUUAUGGAGGCAUGCAUAUCAGAGUCAGCUUUCUGUGAGAAAUCCUCUCUCAGAAACAUAUGUCAUCCUAAAGAUGGAAGUUGCCAAAUAAAAGUCUCAAAGGUCUGUAACAUGACCAUCCACUCCAUUCUUGAUCAAUAUCCUACAGUGAGAGGGUGUCUGUGUGCAUGGGAGGAGCCCUGUACCUCUCUGGGACUACCCACUUCACAAUGCCUCCCUGAGACAGGUGCAACCAUUCUCUCAUACAUAGUACAGAUUUGCCAGAAGUCCCACCACUGUGCGUUAGUGUAUAAAAAGUUGAAGGACUCAUGCCAGAAAGGAAAAAAACAGUGCAACUCUCCAAGCUCUCAGCGCCACUGUCUGUCAUUGUGGAUGGAACUCCAGAGCACCUCUCUGUCUAAUUGUACAUGCGCCCUGAGCAGAAGAAAGUGCCAAGGGAUAUGGAGUGUCGUGAACAACAACUCCUGCAUUCAGAACGCACUGGAGGCAUUGGCUUCAACGGGUCUACAUGAUUUAAAGGACAGGUCAAAUACAAGAAAGAAGUUAACUGUCCAUAUAGCACAACAGAAGAAGAGUUCAACUGUGGAUUGGAAAAGUAGCAGUCUGAAAGAAUACGUUCAUGACAUUGAUGGGUCCUGUUUGCAACAGAUGACAAUCUGCCUCCAUGAUGAUGUCUGCAACAGGCAGAUGGUUCCUCUUGUGCAGACGUGUUUGGCAAAGCAAUGCAACAGCACUCGCUGUCGACAGGUCACUCAACAGCUCUACGCUGGUCUGCCAUACAACAUCGCAGAGAUGUUCGUCCUCUGUGAAUGUGACCCAGGCGAUCCGGACUGUCUGCAUAUGAAGGAGGGUCUGCACAGUGGCACAUGUGGAGAACAUUUGGAGGAGGCCAGGACCCAAAUCUGUCUGGAAAUCUUUGACAACUCUGCAGGUUUGAACCGUUUAGAAGCUCUCCUAUCAAACUGCUGGGACACUGAAGACACACCAUGCAGUGAUUUUGCUAUGGAUGAAUGCACUAGUCUUCUGGAUCCUGCUCUUAUUCUUGGAGGAGAUGCAAAGUGCAGAAUGGCUUUGAUCGCUACCAUGGGAACAACACUUCAGCAUCCCUGUACAUGUGGUGGACUUCACAGCAAAGACCUAUACAAGUGCAACAUGAUGCGUGAAGUUCUUCACAACCGAACGCAUUUUAUGUCACCAGUGAAGAAAGAAAGUACUCCUUAUGUGCCACCUCCAAUGAGUGAACCAGAAUCAGGAUACGAAUGGUUGAGUGAUCAGCUGUUGAAUGUUUUUGCAUACAUACUGCUUGUUGCAGUAGUACUGUUGGGAGUCAUGAUUGUUUUUCACAUACGGAAGCACAAAGGGAACAAAAAGCCUCAAUUUCACCCUCCUGAUAAAAAUUGUGUUGUAAUUUUCUGACCUUGACACUCAAACGCGUGUAUCUGUGUAUAUAUUAUGCAUAUGAUUAUGGUACAGUAUGCAAUGGUAUAUGUCUGAUAAUGCAGAACCUGCAUUUUCUGAUCUAAUUUAGAUUUAUUGGUAUCUAACAGCUUUUUGAAAAUACUACUUGAUCAACAUUUCCUUAGCUACUUAUACUAAUAUGUCAUAACAUGACUCUGUUUUAAGAUAAUUUUGUGCAAUUAAAACAAAUGUACGGCCAUAAGCUAUUUCUGCUAUCCUUGUUAGCUUGAGUGUCAGAACACAGUGGCGUGGUUUAUGUGAUAACUCCUGGAAAAAGCUGAUAGCGCUCUAGUAACUGGUACACAAUGCAGUCAGUAAGGGACAUUAUACAACUGGUUAU